AGUAUUCGGGUCCCGGAUAGGAGGAGUUAUUCCAAAUUCCAGAAUCAAAAUAACGUCAUGAAUUGUGAUAUCGCAUCAACAUCCGCAUCAACAUUCCUGAAAGGAUUUUGGGAUUUUGCGGCGUGGUAUUCACUGUCUCGACGCAAACGUAUAAAGUGCGAGAGGAAUCCUUAUUUAAUCCUUUAUCCCCACCAGACUCUCAACUUCGAAUCUUAUCCCACUUGCAAAACGUACGAUACCCAUCAACAACAAUAUAUUGAAACACGUACAUAAUUCUCAGAAAGUUAAAUCGCAAUCAUGCCUCUCCCAUCCGACCCCGCAGUAGUCAAAACAAGUGAAGGACUAGUCCAUCAACUCCAAUCUAUGUUUGGCAAACAUGCCGGAAAACGACCUGCCCACGCAAAAGGACUCCUCCUAACCGGAACCUUCAUUCCUACCUCCACCGCAAGCAGCCUCUCCUCUGCCCCUCACUUCUCCUCCCCCUCCACCCCCAUCUGGAUCCGCUUUUCAAACUCCACCGGCAUCCCUUCGAUUCCCGAUUUCGACGCCAAUGCCGAUCCCCGCGGGAUCGCUAUCCGCUUUAUUCUCGAUGCCGAGAAACACAAACAUACCGACAUAGUUGCUCACUCUACUCCCUUUUUCCCCACCCGUACCGGCGAUGAAUUUCUCGAGUUCUUGAAAGCCGCAGCGAGUAGUGGAGAAGGUGUUGAGAGUCCGAAACCUAUUGAGAAGUUUCUAGAUGCGCAUCCUAAGGCUUUGGAUUUUGUGACUGCGCCCAAGCCGGCGCCGACGAGUUGGGCCAGGGAGAAUUAUUGGGGUGUUAAUGCUUUUAAAUUUAUUGCUUCUGAGGGAAAAGAAACUUUUGUGAGAUAUAGGAUUGUUCCUGUUGAGGGUGUUGAGAUUGCGAGUGAGGAGCAGAAAAAGAGUUUGGGGGAGAAUUAUCUGACGGAAGAGAUUGUAGCGAGGUUAGAGAAGGGAGCGGCGGAGUUCAAAUUGGAGGUGCAGAUUGCGGAAGAGGGAGAUGUGACGGAUGAUGCAACUGUGCAUUGGCCGGAAGAGAGGAAGGUUAUGGAGUUGGGACGUGUUAAGGUUGAGGGAUUGUUGGGAGAGAAUGAGAAAGAGCAGAAACAUAUCAUUUUUGAUCCAGUACCUAGGGUAGAGGGUAUAGAUGUUAGUGGUGAUCCUUUGGUAGAUGUUAGGGCCGGAGUUUACUUGAUCAGUGGAAAAGAGAGGCGAGCUGCAUAAGAAAUGGAUGGGAGAGGAGUAUGGAGGAUGAGAACAAGAUCUAGGAAAUCAAGCAUAUGGGCGAUUUCAACUUUCGGUUCACUUGAUAAGUUCGGUCACAAUGCUGCCGUUUACUUGUUCACUUGAGCGCAAAUACAUGAUUUCUGCAAUAUAUCAG